CCAUUUGGAGACUUUGACACAAAUCUGCACUUGACUCCUCCAUUUGCGUCUGUGAAUGUAUACAACUCUCAGGCGCGUGCGUACCAGCAAUGUGAUGCGAUUGAGCCGAACAUCUUCUGCUCCACAGCUCAUUCCUCAAUGUAGACGAUAUCAAAGUCACGCGCUCUGGACUUCUCCUUCUCCAACUCAGCAGCGGUCAAUUCCUCGCAAUGCCUUACUCGUAUCCGUCAGACAUCUUCAUCUAGCCUCAUGGAAGAGUUUCUUUCGGCCGAAAGUUCAGGAGUCGUCUGGAAUGUCUGACACUCAGGAGGAAAUAGCCAAAGCUGCUAUCCUUGAGAAAGUCAUGAAAGGCAGGCAACUUACAGAUCUCAUGUUACGCUGCACUAUUUUGGAUCAUGCGGGCAAUAUCAAGAGCAUAUCAGGUCAAUUUAAACGGUCUGACUUGUGCAACGAACAUCGCUUAAACGUAAGAAAGAUUAUGUUUGCAGUCCAGGAUUUGGGCUGGACCCUUACUAAAACUUUAAUGAAGCCUCGUGAUUUACGGAAGAUUGAUUCACGAAUACCCAACCUUGUUCCUACAAUUCUUAUUCGCAAAGGAGCUGUUCUAAUUAACAUACUUCACAUACGGGCGUUAGUCAAGGCCGAUACUGUGGUUUUGUUUGACUCUUAUGGGUCCAAUGAUUCCCGUCUUCACUCUGUGUUCCUGUACCAUCUCGAGGUCUUUUUUCCAUCAAACAUUUUACGUGUAUCGACUGACCCCAUUCAGCAUAACCUUAAGGCCCGGGGUAGCGGCGCACCUUACGAAUUCAGAGCGAUCGAGUCAAUCCUUCUCUCGGUUCUCAGCGCGCUAGAAGCCGAGAUGGUAUUCAUCCGUAACCUCGUAGGUGGUCUCUUGGCGGAGCUCGAGGACGAUAUCAAUCAUGACAAAUUCAAACGCCUGCUGCACUACUCAAGACGUUUGGUAGCGUUCAAAAAUCGCGCUAAGCUCGUCCAAGAGGCUCUGGAAGAAGUACUCGAACAAGAUGAUGAUUUGGAUGCUAUGUAUCUCACUGACAAGAAAAAUGGUGUUCUGCGCAACAUGCAUGAACACGAAGAACUUGAGGUACUUCUUGAGUUUUUCUCCAAACAAGUAGAAGAAAUUGCCAAUGAAGCUGAAAACAUCGAGGCCAACGUCCAAUCUACUCAGGAGAUUGUAGAGCUCAUCUUAGACUCUAACCGGAACGCACUACUUGCAUUGGACCUUAAAGUAUCUAUCGGAACGAUGGGAAUUGGUACGGGAGCCCUGAUCGCAGGUUUAUUCGGCAUGAACUUGAAAAGUCACAUGGAGGAGAUGCCCUAUGCCUUCAUGGCGAUGUCCACUCUCUCGUCGGCUGUUGCACUUUUCGUAGCAUGGGCUGGCCUAAGAAGACUCGCUCAGAUACGAAAAGUCGGACUCUCUAAUCCCAAACGAGUACAAGAUUUGGAAGCGCGUCCACGAAUACCACUACCCUUGCGCCGGCGAAGUUCAAACGGAUGGUCAUGAUGAUCAACGAAACACAUGGAAUGUUAUCGCUGCCUUACGCCCAACUUUACUAUAGACGCAUCAGCCUUAGCCGUUUGUGAUGCCCGCAUCUAAAGGAUCAGGCUGGAUAUUAAUCGAUCUACAUCACGUCGCCCAUCUCCGCACCUGCAUGUUCGCGCCACAUAUCUUAGACGACGUCAUAUGUCUAUGUCUUAUGAUUAGAUUAUAGAACCAAAGGAAAUUUCAGGGUACCAAUCCUCUCGCUAAGUGGGUCCGAUGCCUCGAUGCAAGCCAUUCCGCGAGGUCUAUAUGAAACCCUGCUGAUAGCGACAACCUGCUCUGCACGCGUCGAGGAUAGCAAAAUGCCCUCACCCC